GAGAGAGGGAAGGGAGGGGGAAGUGCUUUCCAUCGCGACUGCUCAAGACGCGGUCGCAUUCCGGCACGCGGCUCUCCCGGCAAGACGCAACGGCUGCAGGAGCUGAAGCGACAGAGACUCAAGAAGCAGCGGCGGCGGCAGCGGCAUAAAUUCCACCAACACAAAUACCGGCAUCAGUAACAGCAUGGUCGUGAGCAAUAACACCAUCAGCAGCAGCAGCUAGUAUCCUCGGCAGAUUGUAGCAUCGUCACUUUCAUUGUCGUUAUCAUCAUCAUCGUCAUCGUUGUCGUCAUGAUCGUCAUCGCAAGCAGCAACAGCAAGCAAUCGUAGGUAGCAAAGACGUCGUCAGCAGCAGUGGCGUCGUUAUCGAUCACAACAGUAUCAGUGCCAACGGCAUCCUCGCCACCACCAACAACAUCAUCAUUAUCAAGAGCAUUAGCAGUAUCACCAUCAUGAGUUGUAAGUAGCAUCGGCGGUAUCACUAUCACAAGCAUCAUUGGCGAGCGUCACCAUCCUCUGUAACUUCAGCAUCAGCCUAAUCGUUAUCAGCAGCAGCAGCAUCACUAUCAUAAGCAGAUGCUUCAUCAUCAACAUCAUCAUCAUCAUCCUUAUUAGAUGUAACAUCACCACAAUUAACACCACGGUCACCACUACCACUGGCAUCGACACCACCAUCACCAGCGCGACCAACGCCGCUGCCACCACCACCGCCGCUGCCGCCACCACCACCACCACCGCCAACAUCGCCACCGCUGCCACCACCACCACCGCCAACAUCGCCACCACCACCAACAUCGCCACCACCGCCGCCACUGCCGCCACCACCACCACCACCAACAUCGCCACCACCGCCGCCGCUGCCACCACCACCACCGCCAACAUCGCCACCACCACCACCAACAUCGCCACCACCGCCGCCACUGCCGCCACCACCAACAUCGCCACCACCGCCGCCGCUGCCACCACCACCACCGCCAACAUCGCCACCACCGCCGCCACCAUCACCGCCGCCGCCACCACUGCCACCACCGCCACCGCCGCACCAUGCCGGAGCAAAGCAACGACUACCGCGUGGUGGUGUUUGGCGCCGGCGGCGUGGGCAAGAGCUCGCUGGUGCUGCGCUUCGUGCGCGGAACAUUCCGCGAGAGCUACAUCCCCACGGUGGAGGACACCUACCGCCAGGUGAUCAGCUGCGACAAGAGCAUCUGCACGCUGCAGAUCACCGACACGACGGGCUCGCACCAGUUCCCCGCCAUGCAGCGGCUGUCGAUCUCGCGGGGCCACGCGUUCGUGCUGGUCUACUCGAUCGCGAGCCGCCAGUCGCUGGAGGAGCUGAGGCCCAUCUACGAGGUGAUCUGCUCGCUCAAGGGCGACACGGAGGCCGUGCCCAUCAUGCUGGUGGGCAACAAGUGCGACGAGACGACCCGCGAGGUGCAGACGACGGAGGGCGAAGCGCAGGCCAAGGCCUGGAGGUGCGCCUUCAUGGAGACGUCGGCCAAGAUGGACUACAACGUGCGCGAGCUCUUCCAGGAGCUGCUCAACCUGGAGAAGAGGAGGAACGUGAGCCUCCACGUGGAGGGCAAGAAGUCGCGCGCGGAGGGUGGCAAGAAGGAGAGGAUGAAGGGAAAGUGCGUGGUCAUGUAAGAGGGGAUGGGGAAGACGACGACGAUGAUGAGAAGAAUAAUGGCCAAAUUACUUUGAUGAAGAGGUAGAACUUUGAUGAUGAUGAUGAUGAUAGGAAUGUCCAAAUGAUGACCGUAAGGAAAUUCUCAUUAUACGGAGGAUGACAAUGGCACAUUUGUAGCAGAGGAAAACCGGUGGACAGAACUUAGUGAUUGAAGGUGGUCAAGAGGGAUUCUUUUAAUUUAAUAUUUUAUUAUUGUUGUUGUUGUUGUGCUUGUUUGUCCACAUUUUUGGUUAUUUUUAAACAACUGAACACAUUGAGAUGUGCCCCAUCUUCAGCAAAGGACUUUGAAAACAAACGGUCGAUGUGCAAUAUUGGAUAUUUAUACGGCUUAAAAGGACAUCGGUUCUUUUUGUGUUUAGUUUAGUGCUCUAACAGUGAGAGGGAUCUCAUGUGAGGCUUCUACAGGACGGGCCCGUUGGGUUCACCACCUCGAAGCCUCCGACCUCGUGGGUUCAGUUCCCCUCCCACACGGGGUGGUCCCCAAGCUGCCCGCGUGUUCAUCGCGUGAGCGUCGCUCCCCACGCAGCGCUGCACGCUUCGGCGUCAACAUCGACACCAUCAUCACCAUUGUCAUCAUUAACAUGACCCCUGCCAUCGUUAUUUCCACUGCCAUAAUCAUCACAUCCAUCGUCGUAACAUCAUCAGUUAGUAUAACCUCCAUCGUCAACAUCACCACGAUCAUAUGCAGGGCCGUGAUCAUCAUCAUUUCCGUCAACGUCACCAUCACCGUCGUCGUCGUCACCACUGCCAUGAUCAACAUCACCGCCAUCAUCAUCAUCACCAUCUCUCCUGGACACAGACACACGUGCCUGCAGGACCACCUCGAGAGAUUUGGGCUCGGCAGCAACGAGCGAUCGAUUGAUGCGGUCGGCAGGGAGUGUAACCCAUUGCUUUUUCGGUUUGGUUUGGGUGAAACCCAAAACCAAUUGAAGCGGUCACAAUUCAACAGGUUCAAGAUAGACUCUCACGGGUUGAUUCCGGUUUUACCGAUUUAAAACAAAUAAUAGUUUCAGCUGUUUCAGUUUACAAAGUGUGGGUUAGUGCAUUCGACGUUGUACAUAAUCUCAUCUGAUUCGUAGAGUCCCUUCACUCAAGGCGCUUGACGCCACUUACCAAACGAUGACAGGACGAUGUAGUUGGCAGGCGUGUGAGGAGGCAUGAGCGGCAGCGAUGGAGGGGUACUUCGGGAUCACCAAAGGGUAGGGGAGGGACGGGAAGUAGUGGAGUGUUGAGUCUAUGGUGCAGUGUUGAGUCUAUGGGCAGUGUUGAGUCUAUGGUGCAGUGUUGAGUCUAUGGUGCAGUGUUGAGUCUAUAGUGCAGUGUUCAGUCUAUGGUGCAGUUUUGAGACUACGGGCAGUGUUGAGUCUAUGGUAGUGUUGAGUCUAUGGGCAGUGUUGAGUCUAUGGGCAGUGUUGAGUCUAUCGUGCAGUAUUGAGUCUAUGGUGCAGUUUUGAGACUACGGGCAGUGUUGAGUCUAUGGUAGUGUUGAGUCUAUGGUAGUGUUGAGUCUAUGGGCAGUGUUGAGUCUAUGGGCAGUGUUGAGUCUAUGGUGCAGUGUUGAGUCUAUGGGCAGUGUUGAGUCUAUGGGCAGUGUUGAGUCUAUGGGCAGUGUUGGGUCUAUGGGCAGUGUUGAGUCUAUGGUGCAGUGUUGGGUCUAUGGGCAGUAUUGAGUCUGGGCAGUGUUGAGUCUAUGGGCAGUGUUGAGUCUAUGGUAGUGUUGAGUCUAUGGGCAGUGUUGAGUCUAUGGGCAGUUUUGAGUCUAUGGUGCAGUGUUGAGUCUAUGGGCAGUGUUGAGUCUAUGGUAGUGUUGAGUCUAUGGGCAGUGUUGAGUCUAUGGGCAGUGUUGAGUCUAUGGUGCAGUGUUUAGUCUAUGGGCAGUGUUGAGUCUAUGGGCAGUGUUGAGUCUAUGGGCAGUGUUGGGUCUAUGGGCAGUGUUGAGUCUAUGGUGCAGUGUUGGGUAUAUGGGCAGUGUUGGGUCUAUGGUGCAGUGUUGGGUCUAUGGGCAGUGUUGAGUCUAUGGGCAGUGUUGAGUCUAUGGGCAGUGUUGAGUCUAUGGUGCAGUGUUGAGUCUAUGGUAGUUUUGAGUCUAUGGGCAGUUUUGAGUCUAUGGUGCAGUGUUGAGUCUAUGGUGCAGUGUGAUUCAAUGUCGAGGGGAGGUUAAUUCCAGUGGAGGGGUGCAUGGAGUCAGAAUGACCGAAACAGGAUUUGGCAGUGUGUUAUCCCCAGUUAAUGCGCAUGCCAUAAGUUUCCCUUUUUAAAUAUCGAAAUUAUUAUUGACUCCAGUGUGACCUUGCAUUCCAAUCACCAAAAAUUCAUAAUUUUGCACAGGGUCAACACAGCAGGGAUAAUUACUUGGAUUCAAUUCCAGUGCCUGUGUUUAUCUCCCUGGUGUCUGGAAUUUGGUGAUUUGGUCUGUAAGUAUGUUGGACUUCUUUUGCACCGUACGUAGCCAACUGUGCUAAUCGGAGGUGGUCGAGGGCUUAGUAAAAGUAAUAAUGCAACCAAUUACAAUUACAAUAGGGAUGUAUUGUCGUGGGCAGAGAGCAAGAGAGCUCCCCAAUUUAAGAUCUUUACUUUGAAUCCCUGCAAGGGUUAACUGGGCUCCAUCAUCACCAUUACCAUCAUCAUCAUCACCAUCAUCACCAUCAUUACCAUCAUCACCAUCAUCACCAUAAUCACCAUCAUCACCAUCAUCAUCACCAUCAUCAUCUCUGCAGAGUCGAUCAACUACAGGACCACAACGUGAGUCUGACACCACUCGGUGUGGCAAGUGAACGGCGAUCACCGUGCCGAGGUCAGGUACAUCCGUAAUUGGCACGGAAUGUCCACCGACGGCUGUCGGAUGAUGAACGUAUGACACAUUUGAAGUCCGGGGGUUGGGGGGGGACGACGACACUUCGGUUGAAGAAGUGAUUGAGUUGUUUAUUUUCUAUGUGGAAUCGCACCCUUGUGUAUUCUCGAGGGGGAAACACGUGGAUCUGAUUGUUUUGUAUUGCAUCACAAAGCCCACGAUGGUUACUAUGACUACUGCUGAUGACGACGACGAUGACAAAUGUCUGGCCAAUCGCUCCCAGCCCUUGCACGUGAUGUCACCCCCUCCGAUAUUGUGUAAAUCCAGAGCACGUGUUGAGAGACAUAUACCCCCCAUGUAUGCCGGUCUCUUAUCACCACACGUGUCCCCAUCUUUAUAACUCCCGUCUACCGCUGCCGCCACUCACGGGGGUUGGGUGGGCAACUUUAAAGUCCCGGGCGUGGCAGCACGUGGCUCACGGAAGGCGUUGUAGGUGUAACGAGGUCGCGACGGAGGAGGGCAGACUGAAGCCACGUGAUGCUGAUGAUGAGACGAAGAGAGUCCUUGAAGGACAAGGCUGUGUAGCAAGGGGAAGACCUCGUGGUGGUGGUGGUGAUGUUGGGUAUUGAGGAAAAGUCACGUCGGUAAAAAGAAAUAAUACAAUUAAUAAAAUGAUAAUAUAAAUAAAAUUGUGAUUUAUUAUUUUAUUUUGUAUUAUUUUUAUUAUUUAUUUUUAUUUUUACCUACGUGACUUUACCGAAAAAAACCUAAGAGUAUGAAUCCUUGCAGUCACGAAAGCUUCAAAUCUAGAAUUAGGGGUAAUGAGCUUGCAACAACGUUGAGUUCUAGCAGAAGGAAGGAAGCGAUGGCGAGAUGAGGUGGCAUCGACUCCUGACCGUGGCCACGCUACUUGCAUGUUGCAUUGGUAUAUAUUUUUUUUCUAGGGACAUGAUGACAACAACAACAUCAUCAAUAAUAAUGACAACGAUCAUGAUGUAAAUAAUUUAUUUAGCCACACAGAUUGUUUCCGGCCACAUGUAAAAUAAACACUCGUCAUUAAUUGGCCGAAAACAUCUUGAAAUACAAACCCAAUGUAGCAGCAGAGGGACCCUCCUGCAAAAAUAACAAGUAAAUUAUCGCAUUGGAACCUCCUUUGUCAGUAGCAAAAUAUGAUAAUUGUUUUUUUACCCUUUUAUCUGGCAACAAAACUGACACCUUUUUUACAAGGAGUCAUGUUUGCAUUGACCACAAUACCUGCGGUCGGAAUGCAAACAAAAAACACAACUCUGAUCAUGUAUGCACUGUUCUUGA